AUGUAUCUAGUCUUUCCUCACUCGCGCUCAAUUCACUCCAUCAUUCUCUUGUUACUAAGAUACUUACUCUGGGGGUCAGUCACUUAUUGGUCUGGACCUGUAAGAGAGUCUGUAUUGAACUGUAUUUAUGAUGGUUACUGUAUGUGCUGCUCGAGUCAGAGACGGGAAGGUGUUCCAGCCCACGCAUGGUACACCACGCCUCCGCACGCCCAUCAAUCCUACAGUGAGCCAAUAAGAACUGGAAGCAGCCAUCCUUCUCAGCUCAAAGAACCGAUUCUAGGUCUAUGCGCCGUGCUUUAUGGACCUGUGAAGUGA